AGUCGCAGCUGGAGUGCCCUCGGGACGUUCUGCCCUGGCAGCCCUCAGUGUCCUGGGGCUUAGGGGAAAAGCCUGUGACCACUUCCCUAGGACGAUCGCUGGGACCUUGAGUACAGAAUUUCCACUCGAGUACAAGAGGCAUUUACUGUCUUGGUACGGGACAUUAACUGAAGCCACCCCUACAACUGAAGGACACAAAAUGAUCGUGACACCGGAAACACCCUGAUGUCCUGGUGACGUCAGAGCAACACCAAUGGGGAAGUCGGUGCCUGGAAGAGUCCCACAGUCCGGCGGAAAUGGUUUGUGCAGGAUCGUGCUGGCCGGGGAGUGCAGGGAGGAGACACGAACAAGCAAGGAGCCCUUGCCCGCCCCAGGGCUGACUCUGGAACCCCGGGAGGAGCUGCUGGAGACCCCACAAACAGCCCUCACCUGCCAGCGGACGGCAGCUCCGACGUGAACAGACAUCUGGGAUGGGAGGCCGCCACCCCGACUGAAGAAAACCUUUUUCCUUCUCAGCUACUUAUGGCUUAGAGAAAUUGGGUGUGUCGGCCCAGUCCUUCCUCCACUGCUUCACAAUGGCCAGCGCCACCUUCAACCUGCAGGUGGCCACCCCUGGGGGCAAGCCCAUGGACUUCGUGGGUGUGACUGAGAGCAACGCACGCUGGGUGCAAGACUUCCGCCUGAAGGCCUACGCCAGCCCUGCGAAGCUUGAGUCCAUCGACGGUGCCCGGUACCAUGCCCUCCUGAUCCCCAGCUGCCCUGGGGCCCUGGUCGACCUGGCCAGCAGCGGGUCCCUGGCCCGCAUCCUGCAGCACUUCCACGCUGAGAGCAAGCCCAUCUGUGCGGUUGGUCACGGCGUCGCCGCCCUGUGCUGUGCCACCAAUGAGGACAGAUCCUGGGUGUUCCAUGGCUAUAGCCUGACGGGGCCCCCGGUGUGUGAGCUUGUCAGGGCCCCUGGCUUCGCCCGCCUGCCGCUCAUCGUGGAGGACUUUGUGAAGGACUCGGGCGCCAGCUUCAGUGCUAGCGAGCCCGAUGCCACGCAUGUCGUGCUGGACCGCCACCUCGUCACGGGCCAGAACGCCAGCUCCACCGUCCCUGCCGUACAGAACCUGCUCUUCCUCUGCGGCAGCCGGAAAUGAGCCUGCUGGGUGGCCGCAGCCACCUGCUGACAGCCCCGGUGUCACCUCCGUGAGCCUCCAGGGACCCUGCCUCUUCCCUCCCAGCAAGAGACCCUCGACCCGAGAUGACAGCCUGGUCUGGUCCUAGUGGGACUGUCAGGCCUCCAGGAGUGAGCUGUGGGGGUGUCGGCUCGGGUGGAGGGACAGCCCUGCCCCCUGCAUGUUCUCCUCAGUAGGAGGCAGAGACAAGGCCCAGGCCCUGCAGGAGCUGUGCUGGCCGGCGGUGGUCCUUGAGACCCCCCCAGCUGAGCAUUCCGGGGAGAGCUGGCUGGCUGGAGGGGUCAGCGGCAGGAGUCCUGGGUGGGGGCUUGCUCUGCUGCGGCCUCGGCUGCCCCCCACCCUUUAGCUGUAGGGGCCUUGGGGGAGCUGGCUCAGAACUCCUCAUCUUGGCCAGAGGGGAACAGGGAAGCUUCUGGUAGGUGCGGCCUCCUGUCCCCAGAUAGGCUGGUGCUGGCAGCAGUUCUCUGCUGAAGAAACUGCCCUAACUUGAGCCCCUGCCUGGUGUGUGGUUUCAGAAUGUAACGGGGACCCCGUCUAAGCUCUGGGAUGGUGCUGGGGGCACCGCGGGGUGGAUGCAGUGACGUUGCCCCGUCCCACGUAAGCAGCGCGGGACAGUUUGGUUGUGAAUAUCCUACCACCGUGAGGUUCGCCACGAGCAAGUCACCGCUCCCCACAGCCCUGGCCAGACAGCGCCAGCCCCCGUCCCCCAAACCCUGGACAGGCCUUUACUGGGAAACUGCCUCCCUCCUGGGUACUGCCCAUCCAGCCUCUGGGGGCUGCCCGUUGGUCCUAGAGCAGGGCCUCUGCGAGUGGCUCAGACCCCUCGUCCCCCGCCCGAGUUUGUUCCUUCGCCUUUCUCCUGCCCCCCUCCUGGCUCAGCUUGUCGGACCGCACAGCUGUCCUCCAGUGACCUGGAAGGAGACCCCUGGUGAUUGUAAAACUGUCCAGUAAGGAAGAUUCAGAACACAGUGGAAGAAGGAAGCCAGGCACGUCCCUGUCCUCGGAGGCCACUUCCCCCCACCCUCCAGCGUCUCCAGGCUGUGCUCAGAAAGAUGCUCUUGCGCACUCGUCUGGGUCUGUCCCAGGUCUGCUCUCCUCCCCGUGUGGCGGGUGUCCCUGGACACAAACUUCUUUGUUUAGACUCAAUUUAAGAUCAUGCCUUAAUGUCUUAGUCCAUUCAGGCUGUUAUAACAAAAUACCAUAAAUCGGGUGGCCUAUGAACAACAGAAACCUAUUUCUCAUAGUUGUGGAGGUGGGAAGCCCGAGAUCAAGUUACCGGCGCUAACCCCAUUGGUGAGGGCUCCACCCUGUGACCUAACGGCCUCCCAAGGGCCCACCUCCUAAUCCCAGCCCCUUAGCGGUGGGGAUUUCAACAUGAAUUUCGGGGAGACACAUUCAGACCAUGGCAGGGUGUGUUGUAGAGGUAGCGUGUGCAGAGCCUGUGACGGAGCUCGCGGUCCAGGUCACGGUGUGCGUGUGCACGCGCGUGUGAAAAGGGGGGAGCUGGG